AUGGGUGAUCCCCCGUGUAAGAGUGAGGUGGAGGAGGACAUUCCAGGAGAUGUCACCACAGGAAAUUCCAGUAAGAAUUCUGAGGGAAACUUCAUGUUAUUACUAGAUUAUAAAGUAGAAGCUGAAGAUAUCACGCAGUGCUCCUCAGGAGAAAACCUCAUUAACUUUAAUGGACAUCCAGGAUUUCUCAGUACAGUUCUAUCCUAUAAUCCCCCUGAUCAUGAGGAACCUUCUCCUAACAAAUCACAGAUUGUUAUCACAAGUACCGGGCAGAAAGGGGAUGAAAGGUUUGAAUGUGGUAAAGAGUUGCCAAAAGGCUCAGGUCUUUCUACGCACAGAAGAAUUCCAACAGGGGAAAAGCCAUACUCCUGUUCACAAUGUGGAAAAUAUUUUACAUAUAAAUCCCAGCUUGUUAGACAUGAAAGAAGGCACACAGGAGAGAAGCCAUUUUCCUGUUCAGAUUGUGGGAAGUGUUUUACAAGGAAAUCAAUUCUUGAUGCACAUGAGAGAAGCCACACAGGUGAGAAGCUGUUUUCAUGUCACGACUGUGGAAAAUGUUUUACACGGAAAUCGUAUCUUGUUGCACAUAAGAAAAGUCACACAGGGGAAAAACCAUAUUCAUGUCCAGAAUGUGGAAAAUAUUUUGCACAAAGAUCAAGUCUUUUUAAGCAUCGGAGAUUUCACACAGGGCAGAAACCAUAUUCAUGUUCAGAAUGUGGAAAAUGUUUUACAGAAAAAUACAAUCUUGUUACACAUGAGAGAAUUCACACUGGAGAGAAGCUAUAUUCAUGUUCGGAAUGUGGGAAAUGUUUUACACAAAAAUCAAGUCUUGUUAAACAUCAGAGAUUUCACACAGGAGAGAAGCCAUAUUCAUGUUCAGAAUGUGGGAAAUGUUUUACACAAAAAUCAAAUCUUCUUACACAUCAGAGAAUUCACAAAGGAAAGACGCUGUUUUCAUGUUCUGAAUGUAUGAAAUGUUUUACGCAAAAAUCAGAUCUUGUUACACAUGAAAGAAUUCAUAUAGAAGAGAAGCCGUAUUCAUGUUCAGAAUGUGGGAAAUGUUUUCUAUUUAAAUCUCAUCUUCUUAUACAUGAGAGGCGUCACACAGGAGAGAAGCCAUAUUCAUGUUCACAAUGUGGGAAAUGUUUUACAAGGAAAUCAUAUCUUGUUACACAUGAGAGAAGUCACAAAGGAGAGAAGCCAUACUUCUGUUCGGAAUGUGGGAAAGGUUUUCUAUUUAAAUCUCAGCUUGUUAUACAUCAGAGAAGUCACACAGGAGAGAAGCCAUAUUCAUGUUUAGAAUGUGGGAAAUGUUUUAUACGGAAAUCAUAUCUUGUUAAACAUCAGAGUGUUCACACAGGGGAAAAACCGUAUUCGUGUCCAGAAUGUGGUAAAUGUUUUAGACAAAAAUCAGACCUUGUUACACAUGAGAGACAUCACACAGGAGAGAAGCCAUUUUCAUGUUCAGAAUGUGAUAAAUGUUUUACACGGAAAUCAUAUCUUGUAAAACAUCAGAGAAGUCAUACAGGAGAGAAGCCAUAUUGUUGUUCAGAAUGUGGGAAGUGCUUUUCAGAUACAUUAAAACUUGUUAAACAUUUUAGAAUUCACACAGUACUGUCUGCUGAUUCGGCUCUGCAGCCUCAGAAGUCGUCUCAUCCAUUGGAUAUAAGGAGAUCUUUUCUUCCAUGUCUGGACAAAGCCCUGCCUUCCGGAAAGGCCGAGUAUCUUUACCUGCAGUUUUCAGUUGCAGACCUGGGUAACAAAGGCAGUAAAUUCCUCUCAAACGAUUGGGGAUUUGUUUUUGGAAAUCAUCUUUCAGAUCUGUUCGCAUUUCGUCAGGUCAUCAUGUCUCACAUAUCCGAUAUAGAGGACAACCUCUCCAUGCCAGGAUCAUCCGUUUCGGGGCAUCAUAGCAACACUUCUUUAAGGAGUUGGACCGUGCCAAGGUUGCUUGCCGAACUCAACCGCAGGGGAAUUCGGCAUCCCGCGACUGCCCGCAAGGCCGAAUUAUACCGACUCCUGAUGACCACUCCGGGUCCGACAGCUGAGCGAUCCAACAACGACUCCGUCCGGCUGGCACUAGCCCAGAUCCAGUCAUCCAUCGCCGGACUCGUCAGCUCAGUCACGGACAUCCAGAAUAGGGUCGCGGUCUUAGAAACCAGGCCAGCAGCCUCGCCGCAAUAUCCUGGGUCAGCAGUCACUUCUGCCAUCCCUCCGGACGUUGCAGGUAGGCCUUCUACCACCCCCCAGAUUGCUCCUUCCCAUUUCGUUCCGGAGCACAUCAAGAAGGAUAUCCUGGCAGGCAAGGAUGUUAAUUUGGCAUCCAUUUUGAUUGCCUCCCAGGAUAUUUCCGAAAACCGGGUGAUCAAUUGCGGAGAGGUUUCCGUGGUGUUGAAGGCCAAGGAUGCUCGGCUAAACAGGAAGUUGUCGGUUUCUGAGUUUGUCCUGGCCUUCAGCCUCUACAGGGACGUACUGUGCUCCGCUCACCCCAAUCGCAGGGAAGAAUUAGACACCUACUUGUACCGGAUUACGGAUUUGGGGCACAAGUACGGCGGCUCGGCAUUUUACGACUAUCACCGUUCGUUUUCUGCCAAAGCCGCCGCGGCCCUGAAUCAAUUUCAGUUCAUGUCCAACUGGGCAGACUUGGACAUGGAGUUAUUUUUCCGGCACUUCGCAGGUCUGAAGGCUCCCCUGUGUGCCAUCUGCCAAUCCAUCUUUCAUUCCACGGAAUGGUGCCCUAAUCCGGUACAAGAUCCUCGUCUUAAUUCACUUAUUCCUUCUGAGGAAUAUUCCAUGCAGUACUCCUCAGUUGACGAGGCCAUCCAGUACAUUCUUCAAGCAGGUGUUGGGGCUUGGUUGGCCAAGGUCCCCGUGGCCACAGCCAAGACUGAGGGUCCGGCCACCACAGUCACCUUCCUGGGCAUCAUCCUAGAUACCGUUAAAAUGGAGGCUAGCCUCCCCAGCGAGAAGUUGCUCAGGAUUCGCUCAGCCAUCUCCCGGGCAGUUCAGUGUCACUCUCUGACCAGGGCGGAGCUCCAAUCCUUGCUGGGGAUGCUCAAUUUCGCCUCCAGAAUUAUGCCCCAAGGCAGGACCUUCCUUUCCAGGUUGCUAUGUCUCCUGCCCUCCGCCCCGGAGCAAGAUUCUGUCAUCCAUUUGGACAGCCAGGCCAUUGCAGAUCUUGACAUGUGGAGCGGUUUUCUCUCUGACUGGAAUGGCAUUUCUUUGUUCGUUCCGCAGUGGGAUUCCUCUUCUCCCAUGGUUUUUUCUGACGCCGCUGGUUCCUUCGGGUUCGCUGCCAUCUUCAGGUCUCAUUGGCUGGCUGCCGGAUGGCCGUCAGAACUAGCCUCAGACUCCGCAGCCCUAAAAUCCUCCCCCCUUUUGGAACUUUACCCUGUUGUGGCGGCUGCUCAGGUCUGGGGUCACCACUGGUCCAACACUUCGGUGACGUUCAUUACAGAUAGUCAGACCUUGGUAGACAUUGUCAACAAGGGCAGGGCCCAGUCCCCCAGGAUCAUGGCGUUGUUGCGCAAGCUAUUCUGCUGCGAAGUAACAGCUCCUCCUGGGGAGCACUGCCCCAGCGGCCUCUUCUCCAUCAGCUCCUCCUGGGAGCACUGCCCCAGCGGCCUCUUCUCCAUCAGCUCCUCCUGGGAGCACUGCCCCAGUGGCCUCUUCUCCAUCAGCUCCUCCUGGGAGCACUGCCCCAGCGGCCUCUUCACCAUCAGCUCCUCCUGGGAGCACUGCCCCAGCGGCCUCUUCACCAUCGGCUCCUCCUGGGGAGCACUGCCCCAGCGGCCUCUUCACCAUCAGCUCCUCCUGGGGAGCACUGCCCCAGCGGCCUCUUCUCCAUCAGCUCCUCCUGGGAGCACUGCCCCAGCGGCCUCUUCACCAUCAGCUCCUCCUGGGAGCACUGCCCCAGCGGCCUCUUCUCCAUCAGCUCCUCCUGGGAGCACUGCCCCAGCGGCCUCUUCACCAUCAGCUCCUCCUGGGAGCACUGCCCCAGCGGCCUCUUCACCAUCAGCUCCUCCUGGGAGCACUGCCCCAGCGGCCUCUUCACCAUCAGCUCCUCCUGGGAGCACUGCCCCAGCGGCCUCUUCUCCAUCAGCCCCUCCUGGGAGCACUGCCCCAGCGGCCUCUUCACCAUCAGCUCCUCCUGGGGAGCACUGCCCCAGCGGCCUCUUCACCAUCAGCGUUAAAGGAAUUGCCCGGUGCUAUGAAGUCACAAAACCUACAGUUACCACAUCUAAAGCAGCCCUUGAUGGGGGUUCUCCAGCCAAGUACGCGGUCUAUCGGGAUCCCCCGUGUAAGAGUGAGGUGGAGGAGGACAUUCCAGGGGAUGUCACCACAGAAAAUCCCAGUAAGAAUUCUGAGGGAAACUUCAUGUUAUCACUAAAUUAUAAAGUAGAAGAUAAAGACAUUCUGCAAUGCUCUUCAGGAGAAAACCUCAUUACCCUUAAUGUAUAUCCAGGACUUCACAGUACAGAUCUAUCAUAUAAUCCCACUAAUCAUGAUGGACCUUCUCCUGACCAAUCACAGAUUGUUACCACAGCUACAGGUCAGAAAGCGGGAAAAAGGUUUCAAUGUGGUAAAGAGUUUACAAAAAACUCAGGUCUUUCUACACACAGAGGAAUUCACACAGGGAAGAAACCAUACUCCUGUUCAGAAUGUGGGAAGUGUUUUACAUAUAAAUCACAUCUUGUUAUACAUGAAAGAAGACACACAGGAGAGAAGCCAUUUUCAUGUUCAGAAUGUGGGAAAUGUUUUGCACAAACAUCAGAUCUUUUUACUCAUAAGAGAACUCACACAGGAGAGAAGCCAUAUUCAUGUUUAGAAUGUGGGAAAUGUUUUACAGAUAAAUCAAGUGUUGCUAGACAUGAGAGAAGUCAUACAGGAGAGAAGCCAUUUUCAUGUUCAGAAUGUGGAAAAUGUUUUACACGGAAAUCAAGCCUUGUUGCACAUGAAAGAGUUCACACAGGAGAGAAGCCGUAUUCAUGUUCAGAAUGUGAGAAAUGUUUUACAGAUAAAUCAACUCUUGUUACACAUGAGAGAAUUCACACAGGAGAGAAGCCAUUUUCAUGUUCAGAAUGUGGGAAAUGCUUUACAGACAAAUCAAGUCUGUUUAAACAUGAAAAGAGAAGUCACAAGCGAGAGAAGCCAUUAUCGUGUUCUGAAUGUGGGAAGCGCUUUACAGAGAAAUCAAGUCUGGAUAAACAUGAAAGGAGAAGUCACAAAGGAGAGAAGCCAUUUUCAUGUGCAGAAUGUGGGAAGUGCUUUACAGAGAAAUCAAGUCUUGUUAUACAUGAGAGAUGUCACACAGGGGAGAAACCGUAUUCAUGUUCAGAAUGUGGGAAAUGUUUUACACAGAAAUCAAGUCUUGGUACACAUGAGAGGAGUCACACAGGAGAGAAGCCAUAUUUAUGUUCAGAAUGUGGGAAGUGCUUUACAGAGAAAUCAAGUCUUGUAAUACAUAAGAGAUGUCACACAGGGGAGAAACCAUAUUCAUGUUCAGAUUGUGGGGAAUGUUUUACACAGAAAUCGAGUCUUGUUAGGCAUGAGAGAAGUCACACAGGAGAGAAGCCAUAUUCAUGUUCAGAAUGUGGUAAAUGUUUUAUUACUAAAGCCAAAUUUAAGGAUCAUUAUAGAAGUCACACAGGAGAGAAGCCCUUUUCAUGUUCAGAAUGUGGGAAAUGUUUUACUCAGAAAUCAAGUCUUAUUAGACAUGAAAGAAUUCACACAGGAGAUAUGCAGCUCUGAUCUUCUAUAUGUGCGAAUAUUUUACAAGAAAAUUAGAGUUUGAGACUCAUUAAGGAAGACUCAUUAAAGAGACAUACUGGCUGGUAGGGGUCAUCAUGCUGAUUGAAACAAUAACUUUCUUUUGUCUGAAUGAUAAACAGCUGCAGAGAAAUCCGCGUUUUUAUUCAUAUGCAAAUGAGAUUUCUCUAUGGCUGUUUAUCGUACAGACAAAAGAAAGGAAUCGGUUUAAUCAGCAUGAUGAGCCCUACCAGGCAGUUGAUCCUGGUGACAGAGCCUCUUUAAAGAAGUAAAUAAACUAUAUUAAUGUUCAGAAUGUGAGAAAUAUUUUAUUACUAAAGUCAAAUUUUUUUUUUUACGGAACAUUUUCAUAGACUUUCUCCAUAGAACACCAGACCCCGGCUGUGACGAAUAAUAAAAUUAUGUUAUUCAAUUAUUAAAUGUACAAUUGCACAAGAGUAACACAGUUAUACAGCUAUAUGGUCACAAUACAGCCAAACAAUAUAACCGGUUCACAUUUUUUAUUUGAGGUUGUAUAUUUGGAUAUAAAAGGUCCACAUAACAGCUUUUAGGAGGAUAGAUAUAUUUUUUUAAUGUCUUAGGUUUUGAAUCUUAAAGUUAAAGGGGUUUUCCCAUCUCUGACAUUCAUGGCAUAUCCACAGGCAGAGAGAUGAGGCCUGGCUUAUGGGUACGGUCAAUCCCUAAUUCCCAUAGAAGUGAAUAGAAAUGACAGUGGGAUGCACAACACUGUUUCUGACCUUCACAAGUUGUAGAAGAACAUAGUUUGCUUUGCUAUUUUUGUAACACCCAUUCAUUUGUAUGGGAGAUAUGGAAACAGUAGUGAAGGGACCUUAGCUGCCCCUCACAGCCUGGAUACAGUGGUCAGUGGGUUGUGAACAUAGGACUCUGUUCUACAGCUAGGUGCAAGUCCCAGAUGUGACUCCCACAUCUAUCAGACAUAUACUGUCACGUAGUGAUGUGGGAUGGAACACCACACCGACAACAGGAGGGAAGGGAAAAGGAACUAGGCCUCAAAGCUAGGGAAAGGGAAACUGGCACCACCUAUGGAAACCCUAAUCCUAGCCCUGACUCCUAUCCGUAUAAAACGGACCUUGAGGGCAGGAAUGUUCAUACACUGGAACCUAUGACCCUGGAAACUCUGAAUUGCCCUGGAAUAGUGUCUGGGCUUCAGACGUCCUGUUCCUUCCCAUAUGAAAGAACCAGCGUCUCCCUGAGGCCUAGUAACAAAAGACAGAGGGGAAACAACAAAAUAUAAAAGGGAAGUAAGAUUAGAUUUAAGUAGUUAAUCUGUUUUCCUUUAGUCUUGUCAGCAGCACAAUAAUGGGUUAACAAUCCCCCCUGUGAGCUAGCAGGACCUGUGGAAUUUUUUAUGAUUAAGUCUACAAAACCCUGCUGUAUAAAUGGACCUUCCCCCUUCAGCUCAUUGAGUAUUUUGAAACGUAAUCCUGUAAGAAGGAAAAAACAAGUUUUUGACCUAGGGCGGAAAGUUUGUGCUGACAAGACUAAGGGAAAACAGAUUAACUCCUUUAAUCUAAUCUUCCCUAGCGUGUCACGGAUGGUGUUGCAGAAAACUAGAAGACAACAAAUGAAGAUCCGACUGACUUGAUCCCAAACUAAAGAACAUAAGGGUGAGCCCUGUAAAAGCCCUAACUCUCUCCCUGACUUCUCAGCCCCUGCAAAGAUCUCUAUGAUAGAUAAUUGCAUGCCCUCGUGCCUCGACUGUAUGACACCUGAACACCCUAUAAUAGUGAGGGGACACGACCACCGGCUCCAUACACUUAAUACGGAAGGAGUCAGGGCACCUAGGCUCAAGCCAACAGGAAAACACAAAUAAAGGAACAGACUUAUCUGUAGAAGCAUUAGUUGUAGCAUCCAGCAUGCACACAAUCCAGGAAGUUGUAUAAACCGCAAAGUGAUGCAGUAUGGGAG